CUUUGUGGGGGAUGGUGCAUGAAUUCGGUUUUGGCAUGAUUUUUGGUGUGAGGACCUUUAUUUGAAAAAUGAUUUACUUGAAUUAUUUCUGAUUGCAACCUAUAGGAUUUCCUUCGUUGCCUUCUAUUUGGGUGGAGAACAUAGUUGGAAUUUGAUGGCGCAACCAUUGUGUGGUUAGAGAAACAAUAUCAUCUUUGAAAGCUUAAGAUUAAGGGAGAGCCCAAGAAUAAGUGCCCAUGGGCCUUCCGAGGGAGUUUCAUGAGCAAUGCCGGCGGUCAUUAGAGAUUGACUAUUUGAAGAUGUUCUACUGUUGGGCUCGAGAUGCUGCUUUAAGUGUCACUAAUAGGAUAGUGGAAUCCAAAUCUGAAGUACCUGAGGUUAAAGUUUGUAAUGCUGCAUUGCGUCUCAUGCUUCAGAUCCUGAACUGGGAUUUCCAUUUAAAUAACAAUAGCACGAAAACCAGUAUAAAUGUUUUCUCUGCUGGAGCUAGGCUUGAUAUUGAUUCAUCUAAGCGAUCUGAGUGUACCUUAGUGCAGCCUGGUCCUGCUUGGCGUGAUGUUUUGAUUUCAAGUGGUCAUAUUGGGUGGCUUGUGAACUUAUAUGCGGCACUUAGGCAAAAAUUUUCACGUGAAGGUUACUGGCUUGACUGCCCUAUUGCAGUCUCUGCUCGAAAGCUAAUUGUGCAGUUCUGCUCAUUACCAGGAACUAUUUUUCUUUCUGGUACAAGUGUUCCUGCCUAUCCACAUGUCCUUUUUUUUACUUACAACUAAGAGCUUGUAGUUGAUGCAGAUCUAAUGCCCUUGUAUAAAUAAAGUUUUGAUGCUUUCAUCUGUCAUUUGUUGAAUAAUCUCUGUAUAAAUGUUCUCUAGAAUUUUAUAAAUACUAAUAGGUGUCUCUUACUGUCAUAUGUAUGAAUUUAUAGUUAAAUUACAGUAAUUUAAAAUGAAUUCUAGUUUAAUGAACUCAUUUAUAAUUGUUAUGAUAUUUCCCUUUCAGCUUUCCUUCUUAAUAUGAGCAACCUUGUUACCAAG